CAGCCUCCUAUAACCUCACUUUUCGGAGUAUGUCUAACUUAAUAUUAUUAUAAAUAGAACAGAAAAUCAAUGGAAAUUUUAUGAAUACGGACUAUAAAACAUCGAACUAAAAUAAACUAAUUAAUUUCCAUCAUCAAGUACUUUACCUAGUACUGUACCUUGGUCUCAGAAAGGUUAUAGGGAAUGAAGCUUACAGUACAAACAUAUUCGAAGAUGAUCUUCCAAUUGGUCCGUAGGUUCCAUGCUGGACCAGUGUGCAGGGCAGCUGAAUCGUCACUGUUAGCUAAACUGAGGAAGAAAACAGGCUACACAAUUGCUAACUGCAAGAAAGCCUUAGAAAUGCAUAACAAUGAUGCUGAUAAGGCUGAGUCGUGGUUAAAUGAUCAGGCUCAAGCAAUGGGUUGGGCUAAAGCCACGAAGCUCGCAGGCCGCACUGCCUUACAAGGGCUUAUUGCUGUAAAGUUUGACAAGGAGCAUGGUGCCUUGGUUGAGCUCAACUGUGAAACAGACUUUGUGGCAAAGAAUGAUAAGUUCCAAAAAAUGAUAGAGGACGCCACUUUAGCAUGCUUCAAGUUUGCCCACACUCAUAUGCAGGCUAAAGGACCAGUUACUAAGAUGGAAUUAGACAGUGAACAAUUAGCUAAUCUAGCAACUCAAAGUGGAAAGAAGUUGUCAGAAGAACUGGCAUUGUUCAUUGGAACUGUUGGCGAAAAUGCUGUUUUGAGGAGGGCUGAAUGUUGGAAGGCAAACAAUAAGGAUGUCAAAAUUACCGGCUACACUCACCCUGCACCCGCGACACCUGCUGACUAUUCCGCAGGAAAGUAUGGAGCCUUGCUCGCAUACAAACAACCCAGUGACAGUGAGGAUGUCGGAAGACAACUUUGCCAACACAUUGUUGGUAUGGGCCCUAGGAAAAUAGGUAACAAAGAGACAGACAAACCUGCCAAAGAUGCUGAUGAUGAAACAUGUCUUAUUUACCAAGAAUACUUACUAGACCCGUCGUACACAGUCGAGGAAGUAUUGGCGAAACAUAAAGUUGAGGUCAUUGAUUACAUAAGAUUCUCGUGUGGAGAAGUCAUUGAAGCCAACAUGCCUGGCGUGGAGAAGCAGCCAUUAGAUACAGUCCAAACCUUACAAUAAAAUGUUAUAGCUGUGCACAGCAUACUCAGUUGCAAGUAGUUAUAUAAUUUCAAACCUUAUUACAUAUGUGAUAACCAAAUCCAUAGUACAUAUUUAUUUUAUGUU